AUGGUGUUAGCAAAGUCAAAGAACUCCGUGGGGCUGGGCAACAGCCUCAUGAACGACCGCUUCGGUAAGGGCAAAGCCUCGAACCAGAAGAAGGGCUCCCACAACAAUGCCAUUGCGCGCAAAGGCGUGAACGGCGAGACCUACAUCACCAACGAGGCUCAGGAAGCAUCAUGGGUCAAGAUGCGCUCCAUCACCGAGCAAGCUGCCCUCGAUGAAUUCCUUAGCACUGCGGAGCUGGCAGGAACCGAUUUUACUGCCGAAAAAAUCAACAACGUGAAAAUUAUCCAUACCGAUCAGAAGAACCCAUACCUCCUAACCCCGACCGAGGAGAAGAAUAAAGUUCAGAAGCACCAGAAGAAUAAGGGACGGUUGACGGUGCCGAGGCGGCCGAAGUGGGAUUCCUCGACUACGCCGGCGCAGUUGGAAAUGAUGGAGCGUGAAAGUCUUUUGAACUGGCGUCGUGGACUGGCGGAACUGCAGGAGAAUCAGGAUCUGCUCAUGACUCCGUUCGAGCGAAACUUGGAAGUCUGGCGCCAGCUAUGGCGUGUUAUUGAGCGAUCGGAUCUCGUCGUGCAGAUUGUCGAUGCCCGUAACCCUCUUCAGUUCCGCUCGGAGGAUCUGGAGAACUAUGUCAAGGAGAUUGACUCGCGGAAGAAGAACCUGCUGUUAGUGAACAAGGCGGAUAUGUUGACUCUCAAGCAGCGAGAGUCUUGGGCCGAGUACUUCGAGAAGAACAACAUCAACUUCCGAUUCUUCUCGGCUCACCUCGCCAAGGAGAAGAUGGAGCUUGAGAUGCUGAAGGAGUCGCAAUCGGACAACGAGGAUGACUCUCAGCUUGCCGAAAGGGCGAAGAAUCUUGACUUGGAAGAGGAUGAAGAUGAAUCAUCUAGUGAGGAUGACGAGGAAGCUAUGGCCAAGCUCGCCGACCCGGAUCAGUCACUCGGACCUCACAUUCUCGAUGUGGAUGAGCUUGAAGCGCUCUUCCUGGCAAACUCUCCCGAGACUCUCCCCCAAGAGGGAGAUUCGGACGGGCAACCCAAGCAGAAGACGACCAUCGGUCUGGUCGGUUACCCCAACGUGGGUAAGUCCAGCACGAUCAACGCCCUCCUCGGAGCCAAGAAGGUGUCGGUUUCUGCGACUCCCGGUAAGACCAAGCACUUCCAGACAUUGUACCUCUCCCCCGAGAUCAUGCUCUGCGAUUGUCCUGGUCUGGUGUUCCCCAACUUUGCCACCACCAAGGCCGACCUGGUCGUCAACGGCGUGCUGCCCAUUGACCAGCAGCGCGAGUUCACCGGCCCUGCCGCCCUGGUCGCGAAGCGUAUCCCCAAGCACUUCAUGGAGAAUGUGUACGGUGUGAAGAUCCCCAUCCGACCUAUCGAGGAGGGUGGUACUGGCGUCCCCACUGCCAGUGAAAUCCUUCGAGCCUACGCCCGUGCCCGUGGUUUCUCGACUUCGGGUCUGGGCCAGCCCGAUGAGUCUCGCGCUGCACGAUACAUCCUGAAGGACUUUGUGAACGGAAAGCUUCUCUUCGUGCACCCGCCUCCAUCCCCUGAGGGCGAGCCGGCCAUCGACCCGAAUGAGUUCAACAUGGAACUCUACGACGUCGCUCACCUCCCCCCAAGACGCCAGGCCAUUCUCGCCAAGGCCAUCGUGGACGUCGACGCCGACCUGGAUUCGGAAAUCAGUUCUCUCGCCUCUGCACCUUUGGAAACUCACGCUAUGCCCGGCCAACGUUCUCGAAACAUCGACACGGGUUUCUUCGGCACGGCCACUGGCCCCUCGGCCGGUCGCCUCAGUGUUCCGUUCCAGCACAAGUACACGGAACAGGGCCAGCAGAUGCGCAAGCAGCUUACCGGUCGCAAGGAGCGGAUGAUGAUUGCCAUGGAGCGUGGCAUCGACGUCUCCGAGGUGCGAAGCGGCAGCUCCAAGAAGCAUUUCAAGGGCAACAAGAAGCGGGCCAAGGGCAAGCGCACCACCCCCGAGAAUGACGACUACAACUAA